UGACAGAUAUACACACUAUAAUGGAGUGUUUGGAGAGAUAUAUAGGUUUUACUGUCCUCUUUGGAACAAACACUUUGUUAGAUGUUUAUUUUAACAUCCAGGCACGCAGAGAUUAGGUAAUGAUUCAUAGAGUAAAACACCCACAUAUGCAACAGCACAGGUAGAAGCCAUGGCGUUGCACCUGCAGGCUUCGCGAUAUAGUGGUUAGCCUUGGCACCGUAGUGGAGGAUGGCACUGCUCACAGUUGCUGGUGCUGAGGACAAGCUGGAGUACUCCAACCAGACAGAGGACGAAGAGGAAUACGUUCGCCUACCCAGUCAUGGAAGCAUAGAGCAGGAGGAGGUGGAAGAAGAAGAAGAGGAGGAGGAGUAUGUCUGUCUUCCCAGUCAUGCAAGCACAGAACUGGAGGAGGAGGAAGAGAUGGAUGAAGAGCAACAAGUUCUGUGUGAAGUACUGUGUGCUGACAGAGUGGGCCAGAUGACGAAGACCUACAGUGACAUUGAUGCUGUCACUCGACUACUGGAAGAGAAAGAGCGUGACUUGGAGUUAGCAGCCCGCAUCGGACAGUCACUGCUGAAGAAAAACAAAGCCCUCAGUGAAAGGAACGAACUGCUGGAGGAGCAAGUAGAGCACAUACGAGAGGAGGUAUCUCAGCUGCGUCAUGACUUGUCCAUGAAAGAUGAGCUAUUACAGUUCUAUACCAGUGCUGCCGAGGAAAGUGAGGGGGAGUCUACCACCUCCACACCUGUGCGUCCCAGUGAAACCAAUGUGUCAACUCCAACUUUUUUCCCCCUGGAUUCCUUGCAGAAGAAACUCAAAGACCUGGAGGAAGAAAACAAAUCACUGCGUUGUGAGGCCAGUCAUUUGGAGACAGAAACCAUCUCCUAUGAGGAGAAAGAGCAGCAACUUGUCAAUGACUGUGUCAAAGAACUACGUAAUUCCAACCUGCAGAUUUCUUCUCUGGCUGAAGAGCUGGCCCGGAAGAGUGACGACGUCUCCAGACAGCAGGAGGAGAUCACACAUCUCCUCUCCCAGAUAGUAGAUCUCCAAAAGAAGGCCAAGAUGUAUGCCGUGGAGAACGAGGAGCUGACUCAGCACUUAGGUGCAGCCAAAGACGCCCAGCGACAGCUCACUGCUGAGUUGCGAGAGUUACAAGAUAAAUAUGCAGAGUGCAUGGAGAUGCUUCAUGAGGCUCAGGAGGAGCUGAAGAACCUGAGAAAUAAAACUCUACCAGUCAGCACAUCAAGGCGUUUCCAUUCUCUGGGUCUGUUCCCAAUGGACUCUCUGGCAGCAGAAAUAGAGGGCACCAUGAGGAAGGAACUUCAGAUGGAUGAUCCGGACGUAGAAGAGCAGAGACUGCAACCAAAGCGAGUGUUCCAGACAGUGAAAAACCUGAACCUGAUGCGUCAGCAGCGUUCAUCGCUAGCCCCCUCCCCCCUCAACAUCCCAGGUUCCAAUCAGACAUCGUGCCUCACCUCAGGGCGCUCCAGCAGGGUGGGCACGCCGGGCUUCAACUCCAUAUAUGGUAGCGAGAUGGGAAGCGGGAUCAUCCUGGACAACAGGACUAGCAGUAUCUUAGAGAGUGCAGACGAUGGGUCAGAGGACUCUAACAAGCGGCCCCCUGGUACCCCAGGGACCCCGGGUAGCAGGGAUCUGGAGGCAGCCCUGCGGCGCUUGUCCCUCCGCCGCGACAACUACCUCUCAGAAAAACGCUUCUUCGAGGAGGAGAGGGAGAGAAAGCUGGCUUACAUGGCCAAAGAAGAAGAAAAAGGUGGUGGGGGGAGUAGCGGAGGCCCUGGGACGCCGACGGAGAGCCUGUUGUCACUGUGCUCGCACCCCUCCUUGGGAAGCGCCUGGUCGGGAUACUCGUUCACAGCGAGAUCCUACCUGCCGGAGAAGCUGCAAAUAGUAAAGCCGCUAGAAGGCUCUGCUACUCUCCAUGCAUGGCAGCAGUUGGCUCAGCCCCACAUGGGUGCUUUGCUGGAUCAUCGGCCAGGUGUGGUCACAAAGGGCUUCCGCACUUUAGCACACGACCAGGAACAGGAAGACAGCUGGCAACUGGACCAGCCAGAGGAGGAUGAACUUUCAUGCGACUCAUUCACUGGCUUGUCGGGAGAGGGCUCUGCUUCCACGGAUCUGCCUCGCUCUACCUCUUCUCCCUCCGACUGCUGCAACAAAAAUGGGGACGUCGAUGACUGUAGCCAGUUGGAAACGUUGCAAGGAGAAAUGUGCAGGGAUAGGGAAGAAAAUCAACCAAAAGAUGGACAUGUUGCAAACAUGCCCUAUUCCUUCUCCAGCCCCUCCCCUUCUUCUUCUCCUCCUCCUCUCCCCUCUUCUUCCAAGAUGAACGGACACGUGGACCUCAAGGAGCUCCAGGCCUUACAGACCGCCACAGUGGACCGUAUGCCUGUUAAUUUCCCGGGGAAGUGUAUGUCCCAUACUAGCUCUACAUACACCUUCACCACCUGCAGGAUUCUCCACCCCUCUGAUCAGCUGACCUCUGUGUCCCCAAGCCCAGCUGUAGCCUCUUGUCAGAGCAUUGCUUGCAUCGGCACCCCUACCCCCAUUUGCUCUCCUAUACCCUUCUCUGCCCCGCCUACGCCUUCCUACACCCCCUGCUGUACCCCACGCCGCCUCUCCCUCUCCCUGUCCCUAGCAGAGUCCUCCACCAACCUUAGGGACUCCACCAAGACUACUAGCACUUCUCUGGGCCUGGUGCGCCUCCUGCUGGAGCAUGGGAUUUCUGCCUCAGUGUAUGACCCCCGCAGCUGGGACCGAGGCUUGGAUGCCAGCGGAGCUUCAACACCCGUGGGAGGAGCGCGAGCACUGAGGAGCAGCGUCACACAAGGGGAGACAGAACCCGGACGAUUGGGGAAACCCCCAGACACCCUACUCCUCCAGCCCUCCACCCCGCCCAACUCCCCUCGUUUCAAAUCUGCCUCCUCUACCACCACCUGCCCAGUUUUUCAGUUCAGCCCUUCCAUUGACGACCCGCCAUAUUUCGACACCUUCCUUGCCUCUAAACCAGCUCGUACCAUUCUAAGGGAAGUGCUGGGGGAGGCAGAGCGGGAGCAAGGGGCGCAAGCAGAUGAUGGCAGCCAAACGGAGAUGCUGAAGCUACGACUUGUGGAUAAACUGAAAUGUUUCCACACCCUCCCCCCUCGUGCUGCUUCCGUUUCAUCUGGGAAUACUUUAUUAGCCCCCUUUGGCUCUACUGGACUGGGGAACAGUGCACUGGGUGGGGGGCUUCCAGGUUUAAAUGCAGGGCUGAGGAGGAAUCGAAGCUAUCCUGCCAUGGUAGGGGCCAGUAUGGCUAUGAAGGAUCCAGGAGGCCCCCCCAGCACAGAGAUACUCAUACCACAUACGAUGCAAACCCCACAUACCCAACACACAGUGCCCACACAGGAAAUGGGCAAAAUGCAAACAAAUCACACACUGGCCCCAAAGGCCAUACAUAUACCGCAGACACUACAUGCACUGGAAACAGUCACACCACAGACGAUAAUACAGAGACACACCAGGCCAGACAACGGACUGUGGGAUUCAACAAGCAAAGACCAAAACAGUGAUGGUGAAACUGGGACAUAAUGGGAGAUAUUCAGUGUAUUAGGUCAUAUUACAACACACUGUUUUACAGUAACACACUGUUACACAUGUGCACACAUACACAUUUAUUUAUAAAAUCAAAUACCCCGCAGAACUAAUAUAGACAUCCCUCAACUAUGGAGUAUCCGCAGACCAAACAGCUACACUGAUUAACAAUCCAGUCCACCUACAGACUCGACUAAACAGUAAGUCAUCUUUUCUAACCUGCCCAGACACCAACUGAUUUUAUUUUAAACAAUCAUCAGUCUGAUCAGCAUAAACUAAAUGAAAUGGUGGUGAUUAACCCAGAAGUGGCUGACACUGUUACACUGUGUUAUACUCUUAUACCAUCAGACUUGAUGAUGAUGGAGUAUGUUGCCUACCUGUGUGUUCAUUGUAAUUGUAUAAGUUGUAUAUGCAGUAUACUGUGUCAUAUAUUGUAUAAAAUUUAAAGCCCAUUCUGGCACUGCAGAGCGUUCCCACAAUGCUUUUUUUUUGUCUCAUUUUCUUUCUCAACCCUGAAUGAGUGCAUUGCUGGCAAAAGACAUCACAUGAUUUUUGAAUGUACUAUAUUGGCCCAAAUAUAAGAUUGUUUUUCUCCUGAUUUAUUUAUUAAGAAAUGGGGGUAGUAUAUUCAAGGACUACACAAUUACUCAUUCACAGCAGGCGUUAUUGUUAUUGUGCUGUGUCAUGGGUCGUUUUUAGCCUUGAUGCAGUUCUGUAGAAAGCUUUUUCCCCUUAUUAAUGACCAUCAUAAACACUGAAAAACUGCUGACAGGACGCACAGUAAACAAGGUCUAUUUAGUCUUUGGCUUUUGAAUUAAAUAUUUGAUGUUCGUCUAAACUUUGUCAGUGCACAAAGACUACCAUUUUGUGUGCAGAAAGGGGCUAUUUCAUGCGUCAUGUCAUCUCAGUGUUCAGUUUAUGGUACGAGCUGGAGGUGCCAAGGACAGAGAGACAAAUGUAAAUUCCCAUUGUAAAAAUAAAAACAGCCAUAAUAAAGCUGGCUGCUAGUCCUGAACUGGGCUAAAAUAUUACCAGAGCCUUUAUUUUGCUAAAAUGCUGGACCACUUUAAACAUUCUUAUUUUUCGCUGUACUGUAUUUCUAUUUAAAUGUGUAAACAAAUUCAAAUAUGGUUAAUUUGCCUACCUUGUAGGUCAUUGUAGUCUUAUAUUUGGGCCUUUUAAUGGUUUGUGUCUGAAUUGCAUUGCACUGGAGUGAAAUGGAAGUUAAGAUGUUGACACUAGAGAUUAUUGUCCAGAUCCAGAUUGUGGCUUUAAAGUGUCAUCUGUGACUCUUCUUAUGUGCCUAAAACAGCUAACAUACUAUAUCUCAUUGAAGUAUGGGUUUGCAUUUUUAUUUGAUUUGAUUACUUUAUUAUUUUAAUGCAGUAGAGUAAAUGAGAAUAAUUGUGCAAAUUAUUGUAUUUGCAUCUGAACCUCCCCACACAUGCUGAUUUUUGUCUGUGUCUAUUUCUGGCUCUUUGUUUUCGUCUCCUAAUGAGUUUGAGUGAAGCAUCCACCUCAUUUACAAUCCACAGGGACACGUAGCACAUAAACAGUAUUACACACCAGGUCCAGCUAUACAGACACCUGUUUAAACACUGUGACACCAGAAAACGCAACACUGGUUUAGUGCAGUUUUAAUUUGGGAGCAACUCCGUUCUUUCUAUUCUCAUACAGUCUGUAAAGAAGUUUGAGGAGGCUGACAAACAUGCUAUUCCAAUGAAAUGCAGAUGGGAGCUGUAGCAUCAGAAAGUAAAGUCUGCCACAGGCACUGCUGCACCACGAGCUUUCACUCAAAACCGAAGUUAACACCCAAAUAAAGAGUGGCUGGGACCACAACAACACCCAACUGAAGCAUAUCUGUGUAUAAAACAGACUGUAACACAUUCACUUUUUCCCCCUCCAUAAUUCUGGUAUAAACCUGGUUGCUGGAUGAGUUAUUUUGUGAAAUUUAAACAAGGGUGUGGGUGAAAAUAUAGCAAUAUAUGCAUUAUAAAACGUGUAUGUUUCUGAAUGUAACUGUAAAAGGAGUGACUUGAAAUUGCUAAAUGUUGGUUUUAGGAGCUGAAGGUAAGUUUUAGGUAUCACAAGUUCCAGUGUCCAUCAUCAGGAACGCCUAUCAGAUGUUUUGUACACUUUCUGUAGUUGGACACUGGGACUGGGCCGCUAACUGCUUGUCUGACUGACAAGAGUGAGAUAGUGAAUGGACAAAAUGGCUGGCUCUGCGGCUGGCAUUUAUCUGUUGAAAUCCUUAAUGAUUAAGGGGUUAAACUAGCAAUGAUAUUGAGUGGGAAAUUAAUCAAUUCAUUAUAUUGAUUAGAUACUUGGAUUAUUACGAGGACACAUACCAUUCAAUGUCCAUUGUACAUGUUUAAGUGAAGGACUUGUAUUUAUAUUUUGAAAUGUCACACUGACAUUUUGAGUCAGUUGCCAAUGAACGUUUUAUGUUAUUAUGGUUAAAUGAUAAAGAUGCUCUGGCUUCAUGUAAACAUUUCAGUUAAUAACAAUGGGUACAGUUAGCGGUCUACAAGCAUACAGUACAUUGAAGCUGCCCCUUAGUUCAUAAUCCUAAAUCAGUUGCACAUUUUGGAGAAAUAAAAAAAAUCAACAGACAUUAAUAGUAUUUUAGAACAAUACCAAGUGCUAAGACUAAAACGACAAAGAGUUGGCGUGUUUGUGUGUGUGUGCUUGUUUUUUCUGUGUCAACUGAAUUGUCUGAAUGUAAGUUAUUAACAGUACUCCUGCUGUAGGGCCAUAUAUUUGUGUACAGUAUGUUGAUUUAUCUGUUUGUGUUGACCCCAGAAGGGGAAUUAUUAUUACAUUGUAAAUGAAUGCAACAUAUGCUAUUUUUUUUUUUAAGAUAACUAUAACAGUAGAACAAAACCAAUGGGAAUUAAGUUGUUUAUUUUUUGUGAACAGGGAAAGAAAUGUUUCUGUUCAGGGACUGAAGUGUUCUAUUCUACAGAACACACUGUACCAUCAAUAAAAAAAAUUAAUAAAUAAA